UUUGUUUCGAUUUCGAGGUUUGGUUGUUGUUUUCUGUUAUACAUAUAGAUAUUAGGUAGGAAUUGUUGUAAAUAUGUACUGCUAUACAUUGCGUUAGAGAGUAACGUGACGUUUCCGUCCCAUCGUCCGUCAUCUAAUACCUAAGACCUAACGCUAACACUUUUAACUAAGCCCGAUUACGCGACGACUAUACGCACGUCCCGGUUCCGUAGUACAUAGUCGUCCCGGCUCAUUAUAGAUACAUUUGUUGGUUAGGUAUCAAAUCGAAUGUGUUUUAGUGUGGCAAAUAUCUAUAACAUCAUAUCAUUCCAAUCAAAAUCCAAAUCCAAAAUCAUCGAGUUCACGUACAAAAUUUAUACCAAAAAAGCUAAAUCCACCCCUCAGUCUCCACCACCGUUCGUUGGUUCGUAAACGUGAGUCCGAAUCCUCCACAAGCUGCAAAUACAAACUAACUGAAGUGAAGUUACACGAAAACCGCCAGCGCCCGCUCCCGCGCCCGCUCCAUUGCAAGCUGCAUCGUCAUAACCAUCGUAUCUACCUUACCUACAAACUAUAGAUACUUGUACUAACUCAUUAAUGCAAACACAAAAUCAAGCAAAAAAAAUCAAAGUAUCUUUUAGUUUAGAAUCGCCCAUCAUGACUGUUGGUCUGGAUACACCAGUUCUGUCGCCGUUGCUGUUGCUUUUUCUGUUACUGUCGUCUAAAAACUGAACUAUGAAAUUCUGCACAAUUUGCGGCACUAGUCUGAGUCUUUGCCGCCCCUGCUCCAGCUCCAGCUUCUUUUCCACCACAUCAUAGAUACGUUUAUUAUUUUUUUAGUUUUUCCUUCAAAUUUUUGUUUUAUUUUUAUUCAUGUUUUUGUUUUGUGUGCAGCAGAUACAAUAUCUAUCUAUUCGUUUUCCGGUUCUAUGUGAAAUUUCAUUCGUAUUUGAAAUUUUUUGGCGGGAUUUGCCAUUCUACGCUUUCUAGAGUGCAAAACAAAAAAAAAAGACUAAAAUAUUUCUGCAAUCAGCAAAAAGCUUAACAAAAAAAGAUAAAAUAAGAAACAAAAAUAGUGAUUAUUUAUUUUGUUCGUUUUAGAAAAGAAAAACUACAAAAGAUACAAAAGUUUUUGAUCAUUCUUCUUAGACGGCAAAACAAAGAAAAACAAAAAUGGAAGCAAAAAAAGAAAAAAGAUUAAUUUGCUGCAAAUACACUUACGUUCGAAUUGUUGUAUGGUAUCUGUGAAAUUCGCCGCGCAUCCACGAAUUCAUUUCGUUCGCAGGUCGCAUUCGGUUUGAGAUACUUUUCUGUUAUUUUGUUGGAUGAUUUUUUGGUGGUAUUAUAAUUUGUUGGUGGGUGUAUUUGUGGGUUGUAUCUGUGAGUAGUGGAUGCAUCCGAAGAAUUCCAUAUGACGAUCAUCGCGGUAUCAUCAACAUUUUCAUAUCAUCAUUGGUGCGGGGUCCGGUCGGUACGACGGUGUGGUGUGGUGUGUGCGGAGAGCAAAAAGGACUCCUUUUGAUUUUUUUUUGGCAAUCACUUGGAAACUGCGCCGCGUCCAAUUAAUACAUAGAUGUCAAAGUGUAUUCGGAUACAGGACGAGAGCGAGUAUGCGAUGGUAGUUGUAGAGCAUGUUUUGGCUGCGUCGUCGGACGUUGUGUCGUCGUCGCUUCGUUGGUGGAGUUAGUAUGCAUGGCUUGACUAUACAUCGCGAUACCCUCCGUCCACUUCCAGGCUCUAUUUGAUACGGAUGCAUAGGUGCUUUUUGACUGUUUGGAACAUUUUUAAUAAUUACGUUAAUAGUUGUUAAAAAAAAUCGUUUUUUGUUAUAUUUACUGAAAAAAAAUCUUUAAUUUUGUGCAAUUAUUUCCUCUCAUUAAUACAACAAAAAUAGUAAACCAAAUUUUUUAUUUUUAUUAUGAAACAAAAGAAAAGAAAAAACAAAACGACAAAAAAUCAUAAAUAACGCGUUUAAGUUUCCUUAAUACAAAAAUUCAACAACAAAAAUUCAAAAUCUCUCUCCAAAAUGUUAAGUUUCGUUUCGGUGUAAUACAUUUUACAAUACACAAAUCAAUAAAUAAAAUGCAAUAAAAAUAAUAGUAUACCAAUAAAGUAAUUUUUAAAUAAUAUACCAAGUUUAAGUUUUAUUUAAAAAAAAAUCAACAAAGAUAUAAAACAAAAUUUUUAAAACAAGAAUACAACAAAAUCCAUCAUCAAUUUGUUCUAAACUCCAAAUUACAAAAAAAGUGAUUCCAAAAAUUUAUGAAUUUUUUCGACAAACAACAAAAAAAAGACAAAAAUAUUUGAAAAAAUAAGAAAAUGAUGUGUAAAUGAAAACAAAAAAAUAUAUUUGAAACAACUAAAAAUUCAAAUUAGUGUGUUGGUUGAACAAAAACAAAUAAAAAAGCAUAACAAAAAUUUUAAAAAUUUUGGCUACAGAAAAAAACACAAAAAAAACCAUGAGGACUAAAGAAAAAUGAAUAUUUGACAAUUUCACGGAUUAAUAUGUAAAAAAAUAAACGAAAAAACAAAAUAAAUUAUAAACAAAGACGCGUGUUUUCGUACUAACGCAUCUUUUUAAAAAAAAUCUUGGAGCAGUCGUUUCGGAAUAAUAAUUAUUUAUCAACUGCUAAAGCGGGGUUCGGUUCGUACAGUGGAUUCGCAUGAAGAAAGAAGAUCAAACUUUUAGGCGGAAAUUUUUUGUUUUCGUUUGAAGAAAGAACUUGGAAUUUUCUGAAUGGAAAUUAUAACCACGCCAGAACCACAAACAAAAGCGAAUUAUAAAAACAUGCUUAAAUAUUUCAAAGAAAAUAAAACUGAAAAAUUAUCCAAACAUAUGCAAUACCAAAUCAGAAACAAAUUCAGCAACAACACAAUGAUCACGUAGAAAAUAAAGAAACAAAAAAAUUUAAAUUUAAAAAAAUAAAACUUUUGAAACAUAAUUAUCUAUAAUAAUAUUGUUGUACACCGUUAUACGUAUAAAAACAAAAAAACAAACAAAAAGAAGUAACAAAUUAUAAUUUUUAUUUCUAAAUGACACACAACAGAGUGAUAAUCCUUUCUUAUAAACGAAUGAAAAACAAAUCUUGCUAAAAUCAAAAACACAUAAACACCAAAAUCUUAGCGAGAUAUUGAGUGAAAGAAAUUAGAAGGAAGAAAAGAGAUAGAAAACAGGACGAAAAAGGGACGAGAGAAAGGAGUUUCAAAUUAAAAAUUCUCGGGAACAAAUUGCGAUGGCGAUAAAUUUUCCCGCAUCAUUUGCGGCGUGCAUAGCGGCUGGUCUUAAAGUGCCACGUCAAAUAAUGUACUGCAUAUCUCAAGACACGGGACAGCCGUAUGUUCUGUAUAAAGAUUCACAGGAAGCUGCCGAGAGGAAUGCGGCAGCGUUGGGUGGAACGGCAGCACAAUGGGGCACGGAUAUGUAUCCGGCAAUCCAGCAAAACACACAAACGCAUCUGGCAGCACAGAAUGCUCAAAAUUCUUCACCCCAGAUUGCGGCUGCGGCAGCGACUGCUGCAGCGGUGGCCGCUCAACAACAGCAGCAGCAACAACAGCAACAACAACCGCACAGUCCGUCGGGUGAGGUCGAUCAGUCGCGGGACAAUAAUGCAAACGUGCGUCAGCAGCAGCAACAGGGGUCGCCGUCAACGAGUCCGUAUCCGCAGAGGGCAAAUGGUGGAGGUGGUGAGGAGGAUGUGGCCAUGAGUCAGGUGAGGAUUGAGGUGGCUGGAAUGCAACAGCAGCAGAACGCCGCACAACAACAAAACCCAAACCAAAGUACCAACGAUCCACAACCGAUAUCGGUCGAUCCGGCGUCAAAUAACCAAGCACAGCAAAGCAAUGACCAAACCUUCAAUCCGCCGCAAGGUGCCGAACUCGGCUACUAUGCGCCGCGACACCCAGGCGGCCCGCAAGGUGCAAUGCUGGCGCCACCAGGCUUCCCGCCUCUGCACUAUCUCAACAAGCCAGUUCUGCCCGGAAUGGCUGGGUCGAUGGAUCAAAAUGGCGGCCUUGAGGCAUAUGCAAUGCCCGAUCUCCUACCUGGUGGUGGUGCUUCAAAUUCCGGCAACGGAACACAUGGUGGCAUGCAUCAAAAUGUCAACGCCACCCCAACGCCGAAUUCACAAAAAAUCAAGCCACACAGCGAUCUGCGUCUAUUCAAAUGUACAACCUGCGGCAAGGACUUCAAACAAAAAUCAACGUUACUGCAACACGAACGCAUCCAUACAGAUGCCCGACCGUAUCCAUGCACCGAAUGUGGCAAACGAUUCCGUCAGCAGUCACACCUCACUCAGCACCUGCGCAUCCAUGCGAACGAGAAACCAUUUUCAUGUGCGUAUUGUCCACGCAGUUUCCGGCAACGGGCGAUCCUCAAUCAGCACAUUCGCAUCCAUUCGGGUGAGAAGCCCUACGCAUGCCCAGAGUGCGGCAAGCACUUUCGCCAGAAGGCCAUCCUCAAUCAACAUGUGCGCACCCACCAAGAUGUCUCACCGCAUCUCAUCUUCAAAAAUGGACCCCAUCCGACGUUGUGGCCCCAAGAUGUACCGUUUCCCGGUGAUGAGACUGAUACAAAGAACGAUAUUACUGGCUAUCAGGAUGAUGGUUCACAAGGAACGCCCGAAUCUCGAGCGUGUUUCUCACCGGACGGCAAUGGCGGCAUGCAUUAUCCUUCAUACUUCAAAGAUGGCAAAGGUAAGUGUGAGUUUUUGUAUAACAAAUCGCUAUUGCAAAACCAUGAACUAACUCAAUGCCAUUUAAACUUCGAUGUAGGGCAAAAAUUGCUGCCCGAUGUUAUACAAAAUGGUCGUGCAGUUGGUAUGCCACUUUAUGUGAGAUGUCCUAUUUGUGACAAGGAGUUCAAACAGAAGACAACAUUACUGCAACAUGGUUGUAUACACAUCGAGUCAAGGCCGUAUCCAUGUCCGGAAUGUGGCAAACGAUUCCGUCAGCAAUCACAUUUGACGCAGCAUUUGCGAAUACAUACGAAUGAGAAGCCAUUUGGUUGUUUAUAUUGUCCGCGAUUCUUCAGGCAAAGGACUAUUUUGAAUCAGCACAUUCGAAUUCAUACUGGUGAGAAACCGUACAAAUGUUCACAAUGCGGCAAAGAUUUCCGACAGAAGGCGAUACUAGAUCAACAUACAAGGACUCACCAGGGUGAUCGACCAUUCUGUUGUCCAAUGCCAAACUGUAGACGGCGUUUUGCCAGCGAAGCAGAAGUCAAAAAACACAUCGACAACCACAUGAAUCCGCAUUCAUCGAAGGCGCGUCGUCAAGUCAAUCACAAUAUGUCGAAUGACACAAAGAAUGUUGCAGCAACCGCCGCUCAAUUCCUCACAAACAUGGACAGCAAAGCGAACAUCAUACCACGCAUGGGCCCCGUAAAACACGAACUCUACUUCCCACAAUGCUAUGGAUCACCGUUCAAUCAAUCGUUUGGCGCCCAACAACAAGGUCAGCCGGGUCAACCACAACAACAGCAGCAGCCAGUUCAACAACAACAAAAACAACCGGGUCAACAGCAGCCCAAUGCAGUUCACAAUGGUAAUCCUGCGCCUCCGAAUGGAGCCACUGGUGGUGGUGGUGGUACUGUGGUAACAGUGGCGAAUUCUAUUGCGCCUGGGGUAGUGCAACAGAAUACUACAACCGUCGUUGCACAGUGACAUCCCCCCGCUGUGUCGCUAGCACUUCCCCCACCCCCGGCAGCGCCACCACCACAGUCUGUGCAAUCGGCAUCAGUGCAUUUGCCAGCCUCACAAACUCAGUCAGCAUCUAUAGUUCCCGUGCCCACAGCAGCGAUCUCAGCGGCAGCAGCAGCUGCUGCCGCAACUGCUCACACCGUCACAUUAUCAAUAUCAUUACCGCCCUCAGCAUUACCUCAAGGCGCUACAACGAACGGGGUCGGCGGCGGCGGUGCUGGUGGUGGUGGUGGUGGACAUGUUCUAGCACCUCCUACAUCUACAACAUCGCUCCUUCCACCGCACUCAGUGGCGCCAUCUACCACAAUAUCACAUGCAAUUCCCAUUCAUCCUCACAUUCACUCAAUAUUCGGAUCUCUAUGAUACUAAGACAUCGGAUUGGAUAACAACCUCCAUCAAAACAACAACAACAACACAAACACUUUCACCCUAAUUACCCACCCAAGUCUUUAGAAAUAAUCAAAAAAAAAAUUAAAAAAUUAAAAAAAAAAACGAUUUACAAAAAAGUGUUUUAAAAAAAAAAUUAACUUUGGGGACUAAAAAACAAAAACAAAAUUCAAGCAAUUUCCGAGAAACGCAAAAAGAAGGACACAACAACCAUAAAUCACAUUUGCAAGGAUUCCAAAAUAAAAUUAAACAAAAAACAACAAACAAAAAUAAAACAUAAUUCUUUUAAGGAUAACAACAGAAUACACAUAAGGACUCUUGUAUACUAACUUAAGUAUAAAAAAAUACUAAAAAAAAGGUAAUAAUAUAAAACAAACAAAAAAAACACACAUAUGAAUACAAUAUUAUUAUAAAUAUUAAUAUUAAACAAAACAGAAAACAAAAAGAUUACAUAUUUGUAUAAUUAAAUACAAAACAAAAAAUAAUUGAUAUAGUUUUACGCUAGUCUUUUAGAAAAGGACUUUAAACUUUAUAUAAUUAUAAUUAUUAAAUUGUUACUUUCUGGAUUUUUAGUUUUUUCUUUUGUUUAUCUUAUAAAAUAUUUCUUCUCUUCUUUUUUUCUUUAUAUAUAAAAAUACGAUCUUCCUCUUAAUUUAAUAAUUUUCAUUUUUAAUUUAUUUUGUCAUUUUAAAUGAGCAAAACAAAAAUUUAUGAAUAUUUUGCGAAGCGUGUUUAUAAUGAUUGAGAACAGCUUAAAUAAAUAUGAAAAACAAAAAAGAUCAGCAAUAUUUUGGAUUAAAUUUAAAAAAACAAAAUAGAAUACACUACAUGCAUAUAGAAAAACAAAAACAUACUUAUAAACAAAAAAGAAAACAAAUAUUUUAUGUAGACCUACAAAGUUCUUUCAAUGGUAUUACUUUUUCAGAACAAAUGAAAAUUUGAUUUCUUUGAUUUUUAUUUUUAUUUUUUAUUUGUUAAUAUAAAUAUUGCAUAUGUGAAAGUAGACAGUUUUGUUUUUGUGUUUUCUUUAAAGAACAAACAAAAAUUAAUAUAAUUAUUUUUAGGUGUUAAAUCAAACUAAUUUUUUUUACUAUACUGAAUAUUAUAUAAAUAUUUUUUUCCUCUUUUUUAUUAAAUAUAAUUAUUUAGUUUUUAAUUUGUAUGAAUUUUUUUAUAUAAUCUUUUCCUAAUUUAUGUUAAUUAUUUUAUUUUUCACGAGAUAAAUAUUAUUUUUAUUAAAAAAUAAAAACAUAAUUAUGUUAUUUUCUUCCUUUAAUUUUUAAGAUUAUUUGUAAAUGAAAAGCGCAGCUUAAAUUCAGUCAUUUAUUAUUUUUUUGUGUAUUUUAUAAUUUAAAUACUUUAUUCAUAUUAAUAUUAUUUGUAAUGUAAAAGUUACUGAUUAUCAAUGUUAGUUGAGACAAACAAAUAUUUAUUGUGCUAGGUUGUGAUGUUGGUCAAAUAAGUUUAGAUCCUUACAAGAGGCGUGGUUACUUUCCGAAGAGUUGAAAAAUUUCAACACAAUGACAAUUUUUAGUUACUUUACUUCAUGUUAUAUACUUUUACAAAUCUUUGAGGACGGUUCUUCAAUAAUUCAAUGGACCGUUUCAAAAAUUUGAGUUCUUGCAUUAGGCGCCAUUGUUUUAAGACAAAGAAAAUUCAAAAUUUUGUAAAAUGAGUCACAUUUGAAUGGCUUGUUUUAAACUUAACAAAUUUAAAACAAUUCUAAAUUGUGACUUUCAAGGACUAUUUUUUUAAUAGUAUCUAAAAAUUAACAUUUUUAAUCAAAUUUUAGGCCCUAUUUUGUUUUAUUUUAAAGACUUUUAUUACCCACAUAAUUAAAAAUUACUGCAAUAGAACCAGUUAUUAUUUCACAAUAAUAUCAAAAUGACUCGAAUUAAAAUAUUUGAAAUUAAUAUAGUUUCUUGAUCAUAUCAUAGUUUUAUCUAGAACGACAUUUUACUUUAACUAAUUCUAAUUUUGCUUUUAUUUUAUAACGUCUUAUAUCAUCAUUUUAUUAACCAUAUAAAAAUUACUGCAAUAGACCAAGUUAUUAUUUAACAAUAACGUCAUAAUAAUUCACAAUCAAUUUUUUAAGAUUUGAACAUUUUUUAAUCAUCUCAGUCUUCCGUUGAGCGUCAAUCUGGCGUUAACUUAAUUUUUAUUUUAAAGAUUCUAAUUAUUGGUUCAUUAUCCACACAAAAUCACAGCAAUAGAACUAAUCAUUAUUUAAAAAGAAUAUCACAAUAAUCGAUCUUAACUUUUUAAACAUAAUUAAUUAAUUAAAUUUUGUAUUUUUGUCUUAGUUUUACGUAACCAUAAUAAAAACCACUGCAAUAGAACAAGUUAUUAUUUAACAAUUAUAACUCCAACUCAAUUUAAAAAAAACAUAUUCCCUUUAACUCUUUCUAAACUUUUGAUAAUUAUUGUAUUAUCCACAUUUAAAUUACUGCAAUAGAACUAGUUAUUAUUUUAUAAUAAUAUUAUAAUAUCUCCAAGUCAAUUAAGUGAAAAUGUUUUAGUUUUAAAUCAUAUUAAAGUCUUCCACAGGGCGCCAUUUUACUUAAACUCUUUCGAGGUUUUUAUUUUGAAACCUCAAAUUAUUAGUUUAUUACUAUCAUAUAAAUUACUGCAAUAGAACUAAUUAUUAUUUUACAACAAUAGCAUACAAACAUCUAAGUCAACUUUUUACAAAUGUUUUCUUUCAGUUUCUUGUAGGGCGCCAUUUGACUUUCACUUAAUUUGUGUUUUUAUUUUGAAAUGUUUAAGUGUUAGUUAAUUUCUCACAUAAAAAUUACUGCAAUAGAACAACAAGUUAUUAUUUUACAACAAUAUCAUUAUAAUUCCAAGUCAACUCUUAAAAAUAUUUAACUUUUUUAAUAAUAUCUCUGUCCAACAUAUUCUGUGUCUCUAAAAGCUUUUAAUUUUCAAUUUAUUAUCCACACAAAAAAAUACUGCAAUAGAACAAGUUAUUAUUUAAAAAUAAUAUCAUAAUAUCUCCAAUCUAACGUAUUUUUAAAAUGUUUUUGUUUUUCAAUCAUAUCUCAGUCCUACGUAGGGCGCCAUUUUCCUUGAACUAAUAUUGUCAUUUGAUUACCCAUAUAAAAAUUACUGCAAUAGAACAAGUUAUUAUUUCACAACAAUAGCAUAAUAAUUCCAAGAAAACUUUUAUAAAAUAUUAAAGUUUUUAACCAUGUCUGAGUUCUGAGUAGGGCGCCACUUUGCCUUAACCAAUUUUCAGUUCAUUUCCCACAAAUAAAUUUAUGCAAUAGAACAAGUUAUUAUUUUACAAUAAUAUGACAAUAAAUCCACGAAAAUAUUGAUUUAUAUAAUAUUUAAAAAACAAUAGCAAAAAAGUACACUGCGCCUCUCAAAAAAUAAUUCAAACCUCUCAUACAAAAAUACUCGGCAAAAAGUAACAAUAAAAUACAAAUUAUUCAAACAUCGUCCUUAUCCAGGUGCCAUAAAGAGUGUAGAUAUUUAUCGUAGGUAUUUCGAAUGUUGAAAAGGACGGUGUUAUCUAAAUUUAUCCGUAAACACCAUUCAUCCUCUGCCAAGCACAAUAAAAUUCACAACGUAUACGCAUCCUUAUAAAAUUUAAAACAAAUUAAAAAACGAGAACGUAACUCUCAAACUUUUGGAUCUUAAGCUAAAUUUUUGUCGUGAUUUAGAAUUUAGUCAUUAAAGCUGUUUUUUUUUUUAACUAUGAAGAAAAUCAAUAAUAUUUCAAUUGAAAUAUCUUCCUACAUAUUUCUUAUUUUAUGAUUUUUUUUUAAAUAUACAUAAAUAAUUUACUUUAACAUUUAAAUUUUAAGAAAGUCUCAAAUGUUACUUUAAUUUUAUUUUCCUCUAUUUUAAUUUAUACUUUAUAAGCAAUAAGUACUAACAAUUAUGAUUUUUAAUAUAUAAUUAUAUGAUUAUUUUAUUUUUAUUUUUCAAUAAUUUUACGCAUUUAUGUUAUUACUUUUUAUAUUUUAUUUAAAGAAAAAGAAAACAACAAAUUUAAUAAAAACAUUUGUUUUACUAUUAUUUCUUUGUAAAAAAUGAAAAAAAAAUUAUAUAUAUUGAUUUUUAAUAAAGAAAACUGAAAUAUUUUAAUUUUGUAUUUUUAUUUAUUAUUUUUAUUUUUUCUUCUCAGUUAAAUUUCGUUCUGAUUUAAUUUUAAUUUUUAAUUAAUAAAUGGAGUGAUUGAAAAAGAAGGAUUCGAAUAGGUAAAUAAAACAAAAGAAAAGUUAAGAAAUGUGGAGAAUUUAUGGGACAAAAGAAAAAAAGUAAAAUGUUUAGGAAAAAUUGUUUUCGUUUUUGGAGAUAUAAAAAUUAAAAAUUAAAAAUUAGUCAAAAUUUUUUAUAUAUGAAAAACAAAUUACAUACAAAAAUAAGAGAAGGAAAAAAUUGAAAAAGGAAAAAAGUAUUUUUGACAAAUAAUCUAAAUUUAAAGAAAAUUCUAAAAAAAAGUAAGAAAAAAAAACUAUUAAUCGUUAAAGGAAAAAAAUAUAAACAUUUCGGAACGGAUGCUUUUAUUGGAACUGUCUUGGGGUAGUGCAUGUAUAGUACGUCGUAUAUGUAUAUAUAUUAUAAUAUAUUUGGCAAUGGUUAGAAGGUUUAGCAAAAAUUUAUUUAAUUAUAAUUUGUUGUUAAUUUUUUAUAAAAUAAAGUUAAAAAAAACGAAAAUUUUAAAAGGAAGAAAAAUUCAAAAUUAUUCCAAAUUAAUAUUAAACAAAAAUUAUUUAUUUAUAUUUUUAGAAAUUCCAACAUUUCCAAUAAAAGCCAAAUUUUAGACUGAAAGUCUCUGUGAUAACAAAAUUUAAGCAAAAAAUUAAAAUUAAAAAUUAAAAUUGCAUCUAAAUUUAGGAAAAAAAAUGAUAAAUAAAAUUAAUCAAAAUUUUUAUAGGAAAAAAAAUUGCUAAAAUAUGGUUAAGUCGUCGUCGUCGUUGUCGUAUAAAUGAAUGAGAGGAAUUUUUAAGGAUAACAUUUUAAUUAACAACCAAAAACAAAACAACAAAAUACUGAACUCCGUUUAAUUUAUUAAUUUAUAUAUUUUAUGUUCUUACAUUCUUCUUGUUACUUUUUUUGCUUUAAAUUUAUUAUUUUUGUUAGUUCAACAAAAUUCAAAUUGUAAAUACCAGGAAAUCCUUUUUGAUAUAUAAUCUAAAAAAAAGAUACAAAAAUUAAACCAAAAAAAACACAAAAUUAUGCAAUUAACAUUUUAUAAAAAAAUAAACAAAAAAAAAACUUAAGUAGAUUUGUAAAGUAUUCACUAAAAAUUAAAAUAAAAAUUACAAAAUGAUGAAAAGAUAAUUUUCGGCUCCAAAAAUAUGCAAUUCAAAGAAAGAACAAACAACAACAAAACAGAAAAUCAAAUUCGAAAAAUCUCCAAUAAUAAAAAUUAAAAAAAAAAAAAACAAAAAAAAAACAACGCUGAACUUUAAAAAAGCAAACAAAUAAUUACUUGAAACAUCUCAAACUUGUACUUAAAAAACAAAACAAAGUAAAAUGAGAAAAAAACUCAAAACUCAGUACCAGAAAACAUGAAAAGCACAUCCAAAAAUUCACCAAACUUUUCGGCCUCUUAUAACCAUUUUUUAUAAUUUUAUCAAAUCAAUUUGUGUUCAAUUUUCACCAUGUAAAUUAAAACCACAACAAAAUAGUUAAAUUAAAUAAAAUAAAUUUAAACAAAAAAAUAAACAUAAAUCUAUAAAUAUAUUAAAAAAAAAAGAAAUACAUACACACAACAACAACAAAAAUAGCCCGAUUAUGAACAAAGAGUACAAAUACAUUAAAAAGAAAAUAAAUAAAAGUAAUUAAUUGCAAGAAAAAACAAAAACAAAUAAAAUAUACUAAGUUAUUCAAUAUAACAAAACUAAUACCAAACCGAGUGUGGAGAAAAUUCGAUAUUAUUAUGUUUUGGUAGAUUUUUUCUUUGUUUAAAUAUAAGACAUUUGAAUAAUAAUUAAUUAAAAACAUUUAUGAAAAAUUCAUGAAAACCCGUUUUUUGAAAAAAUAAAAACAAAACAUAAAUUACAAGAGAGAGCGAGAGAAUGAAUCGACCCCAUCUUUUUGUAUAACCAAAAUACAUACUAAAUAUACGAAGUACAUUUUAAAACAAAAGUAUUUAAAAAUUAAUUUUUAAAACAAACAAAAAUAUUAAACUACUCUCAUUAAACAACAAAAACUAAGAGCCUAGCAUUUAAGUCAAAAAAUAUACAUAACAUUGUCAGAAAAACAAAAAAAAAACAAAAAACACAAAAGAAUUAUUCUAAUAAUCUACGUAACCAAAUUUAUUGGAAAACAAAAAUCCACAAUUAUGGCAGAAUUAAUCGAAAAAAAAAAUAAAAAAAGUAUUUAGUUUUGGUCUUGAAUCGAAUAAUUCUUUGUACUAAUUUUAUGUCUUUAAAACAAACUAAAAUGAUAUACUUCUUCAUGCUGUUUAAAUAUUCUGAAUAAUAUAAAUUUAAGAAAAAACAAAUUUAAAAACAAAACAUCAACAAUCACAUAGUUUUUUGAAAGUUCUCUCAAAAUAAUUUUAGUUACAAAAAUUGUAUUACAAAAAUGUGUCAUAUUUUAAAGGUUUUUUAUUGGUCUUGAAAGACAAACGGAUUUUAAUAUUUUUCUUCUGUAAUUUGGAGGGAGAAAUACCCCAUCGGAUAUUCAAAUGAUAAAAGUUAAGAAAUAGAACGUGGAUGCCCUUGAUGUGAAUCUUUGCUUUUCUUUAUCUUUGAGACUGAUGAUGGUCUUAAAAGUCAAGCUGAUACUUGAAGAACAAAGAUUGAAGGAUUUUAAAAACUUUAUUGUCUCUUAAGAUCUACAACCUAAAAACACAUGACACAUUUAGUAUGUUACUAUUUUUGUUAAAUAUUUUUUUCUAACCACAAAUUUUAUUUAAACAAAAUUAUUAUGUUUCCAUUCCAUAUGAAUCCGAAUUCAAAAACAAAAAUAAAUUAACUCAAAAAAUAAAAUCCACACUUACAAUAUACACAUAAAAAUAAAACAAGAAAAAUAAAAUGCCUACAAACAACAACAACAACAAAACAACCGCAUUCUGCAAUAGUGAUAAUAGUUUAUAAGACUUACCUACAACUAAACAAAACAAAAUAAAACAGAAUUAAAUAAAAAACAAAACAAAACAAACAAAUAACUUAAAACAUCUUAAUUUAAAUUAAACUGUAUUAAAUUUUACUAUUUUAAAUUGCAAUAGUUAUUGAUUUGUGAAAAGAAGUAAAUUAAACAAAUAAAUCAACAUAUAAUUAUGCGUAUUAAAGCAAAAAUAAAUUAAAUUUAAAUUAAAUGUGUAUAUUAAUAUUUUUUAAAAAACAUAUAUCUAUAAUUAUUAUGUAUGAUGUAAAUUGUAUUAAAACAAAUAAACCUUUAACUGCAAACAAACAAGAAAUUUAAAAAAUAAGUAAAUUAAUACGGAAGCAACAGAAAUAAAACUAAAAAAUAAUAAAAAUAAUUAAUAAAAUUAAAAAACAAAUACGCUCCACAAUACAACCAAACAAAAAAAAAAACAACAGCAAACAAAAGAAAAUAGCAACAAAUUCAAAAUGUAUAAACAACAAAUAAAAUAAAGUAAAACAAAAUAUAUUAUACCGAAACGAAAUAUAUUAUUUUUGUUAACAAUAGCCUCAAUGAAACAAACCAUAAAAAAGAUGUUGAAUCUGCAAGUUUUAUUUUUUACCUUAAAAUAGAAAGUUGUUGGAAAAAUGAUAUUUUUAAUUUUUUUUAUUUAAACUUCACUUAUUUGCUAAUAAUUGUUAUUUAAAUGGUUCCUUGUUAAAACAAAUGCAAAUAAAAGAAAAAUUUAUUUUUUAAUUUAUAAACAAUAAAAUAAAAAAUCUUCUACUAUAAAUAAAACAAAUAUUAAACAAAAGAUGAAUAGCUAAUAAAUAAGCAAGUAUCUGUGCUACCUCGUAAUAAUUAAUACAAAACAAAAACAAAAAAAUGCAAAACAAAUGAAUAUUAUGUGUACAUAAUAAAGCCGUUAUUUUAUAUAUACAAAUUUAUUUAAUAAGCAAAACAAACAAAAAAAACCAUAUACAUUGAAAUAGCCGUAAACAAAAUAGUAAAAGAAAAAUAAAUAAAACAAUAAACCAAAACAAAAAAAACCAAACAAAUAGAAAAUGAAAAUAUUUUUAUUUUUCACCACUCACUCAAUCAACAAUCAAAACUACAACAACAACAACAAAAACAAUAGACAAGGAAACAAAAAAACAAAACAAUAGACAAAUGAAAUAGGAAAAAAACAAUAUAAAUCAAUUCGUACAAUUUUUCAUAAUAUGUAUGUAAUUAUUUUUUAAUUUUCACGUUUUUGUGUAAUUUUUUAUUUUUCUUAAAAAACAAUUUUAUCUUAAAUAUUUAAAGAAAAAUAGUUAUUGCAUUAUAUAGACAGAAAAUAUGAAAACAAAAUAUUUUUAACGAGCAAUAGAUAAUAAUUGAAUAUUUAUAAUUUGCAAUAGGAUAAAUAUAAAGCAAAACAGAAAACAAAAUAAUAAUAAUAACUUCAAAUGCGCCUUAAAACAGAAGAUUUUUUAAAUUAUGUUUUUCUCUUUUUUAUUUUAAUUAAUAAUUUUGUAUUUAAUCGAUUUAAUUAUACACACGAAUAAUUGGUUGAAUUUCACUCAGGUUUCUUGGAGAAAUGUUAUUUUUUCAAGUGUAUUUCUCCUUAAAAAAAAAAUAGAAUGAGGUCCUAACAUUGAUUAAGGACUCAAAAUCGAUAAAGAAUUUUGAAUGACAUAGAUCCUUUUUAAAAAUUAAUUAAAUGAAGCUUUCGAGAAUGUUUGGUCAGACCAUUUUGUAAGGUUUACCCAGUUAAAAAAUUAAGUUUUAAAGAAGUUCCAUUGUAUGCAGAGAAACAGAUUCAUGUUUAAACAUUCUUGACACAAAAUUUAAACAAUUAAGUUCAAUUUUCUUCAAGUUCAUACUUAGAUGAAAUUGCUGCUCUAGACUGUCUCAUUCAAAAUUGUUACCUGCAUAGUUCAUUUUAAUUCUUCCCAAAGGAAACUUCAAAGAUUUAUUUUAAGAUUUUAGUUAUGAUAGUGGAAAAUAAUUGAUCACCAAAAGCUAUUCGCGACUUUUUGAUAGAAGGAAACUAUGUAUUUAAAUUUAUAUUAUUCAACAUUCAGACGUAGCCUAAUUACAUUCAUUAAAGUUUUGUUUAACAACAUUUUUAUUUUAAAAUAAUUUUUACUUUAAAAUGUGAUAUACCUACCUUCAAUAGUUCUACAAUAUUUAAACUAACAAAUAUUGAAAACAGUAAACAAAAAAUAAAUAUUUCUUUCCAAAAAAUAUUAUUUAUAAUAUGCAUUUGUUAUCAAUCAAUCAGUAACCUUAAAAACUUGCUUUAAAGAUACACACAUCAUCAAUUUUUUAAAUCAACAAUCCAACAACAUUAAAAUAGAAGAAAGAAAACGAAACCAACAGCAACAACUUUUUAUUUUAAAUUUUAAAAAACAAAAAUUGUAUGAAUUCAACUCUUUGCAACAAUGUGCCAUAGAACUAUAACUUUAAAUAUUGUUUAUUUAUUCAAAUCUUUUACCAGUUUCUUUUUUACAAGCAACAGAUUACCGAAAGAAAAAUAUAUUAAAAAACAAAACAAACCACAAAAAAAUAGCAAAACCGUAAAUUAAACAAUUUACAAUAAACAAAAAAAUUACAAAAAACUAAACUUAAAUAUAAAAAUAAAAGCAAAUCUUUUUUAUACAACUUAAUAUUUAAAAAAAUAAAAACAAAUAAAAUAAUAAUAUCGAAACUGAUGUAAAUGAAAAUAAAAACAAAAAAAUAGAAAACUUGUUUUAUAAUUAUUUUUUUUCUCUCUCUAAGUUACAGCAAAUGUUAAUAAUAAUUAUAUUAAAAUAGAUAUUUCUUUUUUAUAUAAACAAAUAUAUAAAAAAGAAAACAAACACACUCCACACAUAGAUCAAAUCAAUAGUAAGGAAUUUAUUUAUAUACAAAAAAAAGAAACUUAAAUAAAAAUAUGAAAAAAACAUGAAUUAAUAAUUAAAAGAAAAACAAUAGCAGAGAAAUAAAACAAAGAAAAUUAAUUUUUAAUAAACUGUUGAAUUAUUUUUAAUGCAAACCAUAAAUAAAAAUAAUAAAAAAAAAAUAUUUAUAUUGUGUAUAUAAAAUAUUAUUAAAUUAUAUAUCUUUACAUAUAUAUAUAUAUAUAUGAAGGUGAAAUGGACUAUAGAUAUAUAUUAUAUAUGUAUAUCUGUGAACGUUUAUUGCAAUAGAUGAAACCAACUACAAGGAAAAUAAGAAAUUUAAAUUUAAAACAAAUUAAAAAACAAUACUUUUUAAUUGAAAAUAUUUCUUAUUUUAAAUCCAAAAAACCAAACAGAAACAAAAAAACAAAACAAGUAUCUAAUUAAUUAAUUAAUUAUGAAAAUAUUAACAACAAAAAAAGCUUUUAUUUACACAUAUCUCUCACUCACAAUACAAUAGAUUUAUUUCUUCAUCAAAUUUCUUCUUCUGGAACUUCUUUGGCUAAUAUAAAUAUGUAAAAUAAAACAAACAAACAAAAAAGUAAAACAUAAAACACACCACACUUCAAAAUGUGAUUGAAAAACGAACAAAACCAAAAAAUAAAAAAAUAAUAAACAAUGAAAGUGAGAAUUUUAAAUAUUUACAACAAAUUUUUACAGAAAAAACAAAAAGAAUGAAAAUACUUAAACUAAAUGAAAUACAACAAAUAGAAAUUUAUUUUUCUAUAAAAUGCAAUCAAUAUUGUUUAAGUUUAUCAUUUGAUUAAUAAAUUUUUGUUUAUCAUUAAAACCUCAAACUUGUUUUUUCUGUAACUUGUUUCUUAUUUUAACUCAAUAAAUAAUUAUUUCUGUACAGCUCACAGUUAAAUACAUUUUAAAUAAAGAAAAACAACAAAAAAUAGUACAAUUAUAUAUUUAAACAAAAAAAAUACAAAAAUAAGAAAAAUAAAAACCACAAUAGUCAAUAAAACAAAACAAAAAAUCAAUAGAAUAUAAAUUAUUAUUAUUAUUUGAAAAUCUCACUUUUCUAAAAAAACAUAUAACAAAUGGAAAAUCAACACCAAAACCUUAACAAAUGAAAAAUAUAAAAAUAUAAAGCAAAGAAAGGGACAACAACAGAAAACAAUGCGAUUUUAACUGAAAAUAGAAGAAGAAAAAAUCAAAAAUCAAUAGAACAAUAAAAUAUAAAUAUAUUAUUUUUAAAACAAAUAUAAUCAAAAUAGAAAAUAGUUUUUUUUUUCUUUUUUUAAAUAAAUAAAUAUUUAAUUAAUUUUUCACCAUAAGUUUCACUACAAAUUCCCUCAACAAAUUCAUUUUCUGUUUAGUUUUACAAUUCAACAAAAACAACAAAAAUACAAAUCACCCAUAGAUUGGGGCGGAUGACAGCUUUUUGACAGAGCUGUCAACUGUCAGUGAAGAUAUAUAACUCAAAAAUAAAAAACGUUGGUUCAUACAUUUUAUCAUCUUUCAUGUGGCAAUUAUUUUGUCAUAUAUAAAUGCACAAGGGUAUGGAGAUGUUAACGGUUUGAAAGUUAAGAAAGAUAUAAAUGACAGCUGUCAAAAUGAACUUGACAUACAUUUUGAUUGUCAAUAGCUAUUGUGAAUAUUUUAGAAGGUAAUGACCUGAGACAAACAAACUCAAAUCUGUUCUUAAAAAAAAAUUGUUUGACAGAUGAGAAAGUUGUGUCAAAAUUUAACCAUUUUUAAAGUUCCUUGAAAACGAUGUUAACAUUAAAAUGCAAUUGAUUCUUGCGUUGAGAAAAGGUUAACACAAGUUAACUGCAAUAAUAUUUUUUCUUAGCUAUUAUAGAUUUAACUUACAAAAUUUUAACAGAAUGUCAAUGAAAAGUCUGAAUCUCAAAGUUUUCACGUUUUUAGAUUUUUUUGGUUUUUAAAUAUUGAUAAUCUUUGGAAUGAUAUUUUUUUUUUGUUACAAAACUUUAAAAAAUGAAAAGGAAAAGUUUGAAGCAAAAGUAUCGAUCCAAGUAUUAAGUCGGUAAAAAUAAAUACAACAUAAGUAUUUAAUUAUUUUUUCUCGCAAGCCCUUUUUUGAACUUUAUUCACCAAAUACCGUUUGAAGACCGAACAUUACCCCAUCGUCCUUAUAACAUCCAACAACUAAAAAACAGCUAAAAUUAUCAAACAAAACUUUUCUUCCAUCCCGUUAGCAUUCGACAAAUUCCCUCUGUCAAAUUUCUUUCUACUAAAACUAAAAUUUAAGAUUAAGAAAAAAAACAUACAACUGGAAAAACAACUUAAGACAUAAAUUUAAUCACCCUAAUAAUUAUUAUAAUUUUUAUUGCGUAAAUACUGUGUAAGCAAACCAAAAAACAAAAAAUAAUAAAUUUAAUCUAAGUCUAUAUUACAAAAUUCCACACCGGCAAUGAAUACAUCCAAAAAUAAAAUUUUUUGAACUAAAUAUUUAAACAAAGAGGUCAUGGUCGAAAAUAAUAAACGAAAAACAAAAAUAUCAAUAGUCAAACGAAAAAAUUCAAUUUAAGAAAUAACCCAUAAAAAUUGACAUUUUUGGAGCAAAAUAUAUAAACAAAAAAAAAUAUCACGAAAAGUAAAAAUUUAAAAAAAACAUAAAUUUAACAAAUUUUAGGAUUACAUUUCAAGAGAAAUAAAAAACAAAAACAAGUAAAUUUAAAGACAAGAAAAACAAAAAACAAAAUUCAAACAUUCAUUUAUAACAUUAUGUAUAAGUAAAAACUAAGUCAUGGUAAGAAAAAUAAUAAAAUACAAAAAAUAAAAUUACACAAUUUAUAGAAAGAAAAACAAAAAAAAACAAAGAAAAUUCAAAAUUUCAUUGUUGUAAUAAUAAUUGUUCCCCCUCCAACCCUACCACCUAACCUACUCAUACCCAUACCCAAAAUGAAGAAAAGAAUUGCUGGAAAAUGCAAUAAAAUGCAUUAAAACAUCUUAACCCUUCAUCCAAAAUUAUAUAAAUUUAAACUUCCACCCUUAACCACUCCUACCCCUUAAAACCCACUUACUAACAAAACAAAAGCAAGAAAUAUCUUCCCCUCAGUUUAGAUUUAAGAAAAAAUAAAACUAACACACAAAACCCAUUCAGAAAAAUUAAUUCUUAAAUUUGCAAAAAAAUAAAAUUAACAAAAAAAAACACAAAAAACAAUUAACAUGAAAAAAUCUACAAAAAAAAUUAUUAUAUAUUAUAUACAAGAAAAGAAUGAUGAAUAAAAAUGAAUCUUGUAAUAUAAAAAUGA